AGUACGGCGCGAGCCACGGAGUUGAGCGCUAGUCGUGGCGAAUAGUGCAGUGAUCAAACGAGUUUAGUUGUUUUGGCCGCGAAAAAUGAACACCGAGGCUUUUAUUGGUGAAAUACUAGCUAGACCAGCUAUUUGGAAGUCUGGCCAUCCACAGCAUAAAUUUAAACAUGUAGUGAAGAGAUUGUGGGAAGAAAUACAAAUAAAAUUUCCAGAUUCUGAAGUUGGUGAUCUCAAAAAGAAAUGGAAGAACCUGAGGGACACAUAUAAUAAAGAGUUAAAGAAAAUACCUAGACCCCGGUCGGGUGAUUCGCCAACAAAUUAUGAACCAGCCUGGAAAUACUUCACGCUAUUAGGAUUUUUGAAAGAUGAGUACAUGCCUUUAACUGCCGAAUCAAACUUAGAUGAAGGAGACAGUGUAAUAAUCGAUAACGAAGACAAUGAUGAUAUGUCCAAUGAAGUUAUAAAUGAAGUAAGGUCACCUUCUGGUGCAUCUUCACCCAUUGAACCAUCUACCUCUAAUUCCCAAAAUUCAAGAAAGCGACAAAAAAUACAAGACAUUCGGGCACAGUAUUUAGAGAUUGAGAAAAAAAACUAAAACUUUUAGAAAACGAUAUAUCUAAAAAUACACCAGUUGACAGUGAAAGAAAAUCAGGUGACUACCAUUUUUUAAUGAGUAUUUUGCCGGAAAUGGAAAAACUACCUACCAUCCAAAAAAUAAGGUUAAGAAAUAAAAUAAACCAAGCUCUUUUAGACGAAAUAAAUGUCACGAUGUACGGAGAACCUCAUGGUCGCUAUGGUUACUCUACUCAACCAAGUCAUAAUAACUUUAAUAACGAAUAAAAUACCUACACAUAAGUAACAUCGAAAAGACUAUGAUUACUGUAAUUCAUGAUCAUUGAGAAGAACAAAAAAGACUGAUUAAAAAAGUUACAAAUUCAUUAUUCAUUCUAUACCGUCAAUUACAGGUUAGAAGUUGUUUUUUGUUUUAGUUGUACGAAAAAUUAAUGUCAUAAAA